AUGGCGACAACACCACCGCCUUCUACGCUUCGAAUCCCCCCUACACCGCGCCACGGAGCUGGUUACGAUCAAUAUGAACCGUAUUCGACGCGUCAUUCGGCCAGACUAGCAAGCCAGCGAGCUUCCAAAGAUUCCCGUACAACGCCCGAACCCAGUUUCCCAGCUUCUCACAGCCGAGCUGCACCACCAAAGAGUGCCAGGGAGCAGAGAGAUCCUGAAUUUGAGGCGUUGUCACCUCCUGGUUCCAUUCACAACUCUCCCCGGAAGAAGCAGUCGGGCCGGAGUAGGGGCUUUGUUGCGACACAUUCACUGGGUAACACUGCUGGUCUGGACAGUGCAGACCCCUUCAGCACCACAGAACCCUCCCACACCCAACAACCUUCUCUCUCAGCACUUCGAACUACCAUGACCGACGGAAUGCUACCGACCCCUGCCAAAACACCAAAGAAAAAGGCUGUUGGUGAUGCUGGAUCCACUGCUCGAGUUCUCUUCCCCCCAAGUUCCUUGUCCGGACGCACCAAGAAACCCAAGAAACACCUUGGUUUCUCUUUGGACAGCUUCAGCGACGAUCCCAGCCAGAACCAGUCCAGCAUUCAAAUUUAUACCGAUUCUCGUGAUAGAAUUCCUGAGGUCGACGAAAGUGAGAGCAAUCCAUUCUACAAGAAGACCACCGAAGUCGAGCCUCCUGUUCCCGCAGCCCCGCGUGUCUCUAGGAGGCGCAAGGUGGGAGAGAGCAAACGCGACAAGGAAGUUGACGAUGCGGUCAAGCGUGACGAUGGCAUGUUCUAUGUGUUCCGUGGCAAGAAGACCUUCCGCAAGUUCACUGAAGAUACACACGACGAUGCAGAAGAUGAUGACGACGACUUGGGCUUGCUGGCUGCUCGCCCCGAUCUCAUCGACUCAAGUGUGACGUCCAGCAUUCGACCUUUGACUCGUUCAUCUAUCAAACCACGUGUGCUCUUCCCCAGUGCUAGCGAUCGCCGCCAUCAAAGCCAGCAUCUCAGUGAUGUUGAUGAGGAGGCCGCUACUGAUAUUGAAGAACAUUUGCUUCCCAAAGAUGCAGAAGAUAGUGAGGUGGAGCCAGCUCCAGAAACCGACAUGCUGCAACGACCAGUGACUCCCCCAUUGAAAUCUGAGUUUGCAACCCCCUCGUCACCUGGCGCCACAAUUCGUUCUCUGCGUCCCCGUGCUAAGAGAGACGCUGCCGAACACGAAUCGACCCCUAUUGCUUCCGAAACCAAGAAAAAGCGAGCCAGCCCCUUUGAUGGAUGGCUACGCAAGAAACCAGUCCCUGCUGUUGCAGGAUCAUCGAAGGCCAAGAAACGAGAUGCGGAAGCAAUUGGCAGCCCUGGUGGUCCAGCUACAAAGAAAACGCGAGCCAGCCGAGCUGCAGCUUCGUCAUGA